AUGCGUGCCGUCAGCUUCGUCGUCGCCACCCUGGCCGUGGUCCCCAACGUCCUUGGAAAGUCCGCCGUUAUCUCCUUUGCGGACAAAGACACUCCCGACUCCAUCGUACAAAAGGCCAAGGACGAUAUAAUUGCUGCGGGUGGCACCAUCACCCACACCUACAACAUUAUCAAGGGAUUCGCCGUGGAAGCACCCGAGGAUGCCCUGGCGGCAAUCUCGGCCUGGGGCACAGAGCACAAGAUGACGGUUGAGGCGGAUCAGGAAAUGUCAAUCAACUCGGGCAUUUAA